AGUAGACACCAUUUCAUCAAUUGAUCUGAUAUCAAAUAGCAACAAUAUAGAGAUAUUAAGAUGGAGUCCAACAGGAAACGCCGAGGGUUCCUCAAGGCGAAGCUGACCCCAUUGUACCGAGCAGCAAAGUCUGGUUCGGCAACGAGUGUGAUGCCGAACCAGGCUUCCACCAUGACAGCUUCGUUCAGCCUUAGGGUUCACCAGGACUACAAAGUUUCGCAAACGAAGCAGGUUUCGUUUUUCAUACCUGCUGAUAAGAAGAGAGAAAAUUUAAGCCAAAUUGAUACCUUCUUUGGCGUUGCUGGUGAUGAAGCUGUUGAUUUCAAAGCUGCAACUUACAUUUCUUCGGUCCAAGAACGUUUCAAGCUUGAACGAAACAGCUCUGAACAAGCUCAGCUUCAAGAAACUCACUAGAUGAUAAUGGAGAAGCCUUGAUAAUUACUCUGUAAAUUAGUAUUAGUGGCCCAUUA